AUGAACCUGCAAGUGCUUCGCCGUGCCGCAGUGCUGGGCAGCGCGCGGGCCCCGAGCGUGGCACUGCACCACGCACAGCAGGUGGCACGGCGGCCUGUGCGCCCCGCCCGUGCAGCCUAUGGCAACGACUCCUCGCUCGAGGCGUGGCAGCCGGCCGUCAACCCCACGGCCCCCAACCCCCCGGCGCCCGCCGACCCGCCGGCGCCCGGGGAGACCGAGACGUUUGAGACCACGUCGCGCGACGCGUACUACACGCGCCGCCACGAGCUGGUGCUGGAGAGCUUCCCCAACGCCCUGGGCGUGGACGACUUCAUCAGCCGCGUGGAGAUCGCACUCGCCGCACACGGCUUCCGCGGCGACAACGCCAUCGGUGCGCGCGCGCGCGCGCCGUGA